AUGCCUCGCAAAGUACCGGUGAAAGAGUUUUCAAGACAAUGUACCAUCUACAUGACAGUUGGGCUGGAUGAUUCCGGCCUCCAGGCGCGGUACCUGCGCAAAAGACGAGAAAAAACUGGGCAAGUGUCCGCUGUCAGCAGCCGGUACAGUCCCGCGGUACCCAAAGUACAGGUAUACAAGGCGGUCUUUACUCGUGACGCCCUGCCAGAAACGUACUGGCAGCGCCAGAAAUGCGGCGCAACUCACUGGGCCCAAGGUACCGAUAACACUGGCCUGUUAAGAGUCAUGCAAUCCGCUCCAGGUACCAAGUACUGGUCUUCGCCGCCUACGAAUGGCGCAAAGCGCGACUGGAGGCGGUAUACUCUUGCCCGUCUCCAGUAA